GUGCCUGUGAGAUCGUGCGAUACAGUCGUAACCUAACGCUGCUGUACACGUAAAGCCCCUAUCAACCGAGUCUUUAAAGCAGUUUACCGCAUUCGUGCAACAAAGUACUCGUUAAUUGUAACCGCGGAUAAAGUGAUCGACAAUGAAGAUGCGGGUUAUUUUACUUAUUGCUUUCCUCUUUGGACUGUUGACAAUAAUCACUGCAGUGAAAUUAGACGAAACUGAAGAUGCCGAAGAGACGCUAGAGGAUUUGGAAGAGGAGAUCUUCGAAGAGGUUGUAGCCAGGGAGACGGGCCGUGUUGACCGCACGUUCACGCCGAAAAAGUGCUGCAAAAUCGGCCGCCGGGUAGCGACGAAAUCACUUUACUGUAACAUUGACUUGUACCAAGUUGAAAAAAAGAACAACAUGGCUCACCGAAGGAAGAUGAAGUUCCACGGACCCGUGCCCGAGGGAGAUUCUUCCUACAAGAACCUGAUGGUGAAGGUGGAGAAAUGCUACCCAAGCAAAUCCACGCGAUCAAUGUUCACCAAAUGUUGCGAGUAUCAAUCACGCAUCAUGCGGGACCUCGAAGAUUGCCGAAAGAUAACGGAUUCUGUCGAGCGCCGCCGCUGCCGAAAGCAGGUUAAUGGAAGAGCGUGAGAAGAUCACGUGUUUGCCAUGUGACAAUAUUAACUUUGCUCUGAUACGAUGGACAGAGUAUGACACUGCAGCUCACAGAGUUCGGCCGGCACAACGACACAAGUAUGACAAGUUCGUCACGGCCGUCACUCAGUCACGCCACGGCGUGUCGAUGUUGUCGUGAUUUGAAGACACUAUUAGCACAAUUGAGUUGAAAAUUGUAUUUUACUAUCACGACUGAGCUCUUCUUUGGGUUCCUGUUUACUAAUAGACUCUUAAAAAAAACUUUGUUGAUAAUUAUGAGAAAUAUCAUCAUGAUGUUUAAUUUCCCCCACCCGAGAGUAUUCGUAAAUAAUUUGAAUAUCUAGCCGUAUACUAGUGGUUCUAUAGUUGUCUACACAUUAUGUCAUAUAGAACGGUCCACCUCCCCGACAAAUUAGUUUUUAUUAAACCCCGUUUCCAUAGCAACGCCUUAUGAAACUCAGCACACUUUUUUUCCAGAGUCGGAGUGUCACUCGAUAUACGCUCGAUGUCGCCGCACCCGUAACCCGUGACAACCGACGAAAAAGUCUGUGCCUCGUAUAAAACUUGUAUUGAUAUUUUUUUUUAUUUCAUGAAAACAUUUUAAUAUAUAUAAAUGCUAAGUUUGUUGAUGUUUUUUUUUUAAAAAAAUGGUGGUACACUGCCAUAGUUUAAUAAAAAAAAAAGAAUAAAAAAACAGUGAGGAUAAACAAUCUAAGUAAUCAUUACUUGGUACUGUAUGUUAAUUUCUAAAUUACCCAUGACCACCAAGUACAUUAGAUCGUAGAAUCUUGUUGCUACGCAAAAAAUACAUGAAAAAAACACGUACGAUGAAUGCCAUCGUUAAGACUGACGUCAUUUUUCGCAACAAAGCCGGGAAUCGAACGGUCUUUGCUAUUUAUUGUUACCCAGGUAUUGUUCGGAAUCCCUUUAUCGUAGUUGAAAACUCCAAACUCACUGAAGCGAGCAUGGUCACGUAUAAGACCCCCUGUGCAGUUUGAGGUUUUCUCUUUGAUACUGUGAUCCUCUCUGACAACUUUUCUUGGCACGACCAAGCUUGCUCCACCAUUGUUGUAGCCAGUUUCAAACUAAAUUAUCGCUGCUCACUUGUUUUUAACUUAAUAUAGAAAGUUUACAUUUCUAUGAAUAUAUUUGUACAAAAAACAAUAAUUGUUCUAUUCAUUAAAACUUUGUUUAAAACAAA